AUGGUUGAGACUGAGGAGAAGAAGACGAAGAAGAAGAAGAAGAAGAAGGAGCAAAAAGGCAGGUGUGACAAUGAAGCGGAAGCGGACACAUGCAGAGUUCAGUGGACGCGCAUAAUCAUGAAUGCAAUCCUAAUGAGAAAGAGCGUUCAUGGGUAUCAUCCUGCCGCGCGUGUCGUCAAAGCGAUUCCUAACCCUUUCGCAACACUCUCAUUCGUCGGCAUCUAG